GCGUGAGAUAGCUUUGUUUUCUGUACGACGUGGUGUCAAAGUUUUUAACUCUGAGAUGUCAUUAUCGUGAGUCCGUCCAUCGACAGUUCACCAUGUCAGGAGUCGCACGUCACCAAAGCAGAAGGCAGCGUCCCCCCAAAAUGUUUCUGGUGGCGUCCGAUAUGAAGAUCCAGGACCAUCUGGAUGGAACCAUUCGGGUGCUACGGGGGUACUUGUGCCAGGAGCAAGAAAGCCUGGAAAGGAAUGGAAAAGUGGAGCAGUUGUGGGUUAAAGUGCUAGACAAUGGCGGGAUGGUCAAGAUUGACAGGCACGCUCUAAUUGAGAUACCCCCAGACCUGGCCGGCCUACUGGAGCCAGUUCCAGAGCCGGAGGCCCGCCUUAAACUACACAGCAAACCCCAUCGGCUGCAGCGAUUGGCUCUCCUGUCUUUGGGAUCGCCCGUAUCCGUGGUACUGAAGCAAGGAUUGGCUGAGGCUGAGCUUCGAUUCAGGGGACCCCUUACUAGAGGGAGCUCAGCCGUGUUCUUUGGGGUGCAGCUUAAGGGUUGGGCGGCAGGAAAGGGCAGCGGCAACGGCUCCUACAAGGGCCACCAGCUCUUCACCUGCCCGGAGGCGUGCGCACUCUUCGUGCCCGCCAGCCAGCUCACCCAGCGGCGCUCCUCGCACGAGGCCGACGCCACCGCCUCCGAGCGCCACCCGUCUCACCUGCCCGCUCCUGCCCCCGCUGCUCAUCAUCAUCAUCUUCAUCAUCAGUAUCAGCAGCAGCAGCAGCAGCAGCCGGUGAGCAUCCUGACCCGCGCGGCGGAGUCGGUCCCGGGGCCUGCUCCUCCACAGCUGCUGCAGCCGGGCCAGCGGGUGAUGUUCGCCCAAGAAGAGGCCACGCAGACGGGGAGGGUGGCCUUCUGCGGGCCCCUCCCUGGCAGGACCUCCGGAGGAGUCUACGUGGGCUUGAUACUGGACAACCCGGUAGGUCUGUGGGAUGGCACGUAUAAGAACCAUAAGCUGUGCUCCCUCCCAUCCCCUCAGUACGGUCACCUCCUCCCCCUGUCCAAAGUCACUCCAGUGGAAUCCAGACCCCAGAAGUCCCCCCCUCCAGUUGUGAACCCCAAACCCGCCUUGAAGCCCCCUUCCCUGCCCCCCGCAAAACCCGCCCUGGUGCCUGUGCUGCCCCCCUUCCCCAAACCGGCCUUAAAGCCUGUGACUGCCCCCAAACCCACCUCGCCAAUUCUCCCGGACCCCACGCCGUCCCUUCCGCCCUACCACGCGAAAGUAGCCCUUCAGCCCCCGACGAAGAUGACCCCCAUGCCUCCCUCGCCCCCGAGCGUUGCCCCGAAAUCGCCGCCGCUCCCUCCGCCCUCCAACCUCAAGCCCGCCGUCAGGCCGCCGCCCACGCCACUCUACCCCAGCACGACGGACCAAUCACACCCGAGGUCCAACGGCCUCCCGCGGCCGCCCUCCCCUCCGCAGCCGGAGGAGGUGGAGUUUGAGGCGGAGGAGGCGGACGCAGGGGCGGGGCUGGGUCUGGAGGUGGAGUCCAUGGUGGAGGUGAACGACCCUCCGCAGUACGGGGUCAUCCGCUGGAUCGGACGCAUCAGCGGCGUUUCUGAGCUCGUCGCUGGAGUAGAGCUGGAUCAGGAGAUAACGGCGGGCACCGACGGCAGUUACCUUGGCGAGCGCUACUUCCGGUGCCCGUCCAAUAAGGGCCUGUUCGUGAAACUCCGCAGCUGUAGGCGGGACUCCAGGUUUCCCGCCCCCGAGACGCGCAUCAACCAGGUGGAGCGCUGCAACUCCAUAGCGUUUGCGGAGUGGGGCAGUGAGCGUGUGGAGGAGCACACUCCGCCAGUGUCCGGCCCAGACGCCAGGCAGCACUACAACGGCUGGAAGAAGGGCAUCCAGGGACACCUCAACUCCUGCUACCUGGACGCCACUCUCUUCAGUCUGUUCUCCUGCUGUAGUUCUGCAGACUCCGUGCUCUUCUGUCCCCCGAGGCUGCAGGACGGUGCUCACCACAGUCGCACGGCUCAGGACCUGCUACGCUGCGAAAUUGUCAACCCCCUGCGCAGGUAUGGGUAUGUAUGUGCCAGUAAAACCAUGGCCUUACGGAAACUAUUAGAGGCGGAAACGACAGAUGCUGGUUUCACCAAUCAGGAGAAAGACCCAGAGGAGUUCCUCAACAAGCUUUUCCAGCUCUUGCGGGUGGAGCCUCUCCUGAGAAUCAGGUCAAUGAACCAGCAGCCUCAGGAGUGUCACCUCUACCAGCUCUUCCCUCCCUCCACGCCCCCCUCUCCAUCUUCUCCUGCUCUCUCUCCAUCCCUCUCUCCGGCCCCCCUCUCCCCCAUCCCUCUCUCCCCUCCGUCCGGUCACCUGAGGGUGGCCAGUGUGCAGGCGCUGCUGGAGGCCUCCUUCAUCCACUCAGGGCUCAAGUUUGCUGAGGCUCCUUCCUGUCUGCCUCUGCUCAUGCCCAGGUUUGGGAAGGACUUCAAGAUGUUCGACGCCAUCCUGCCCUCGCUUACCCUGGACAUCACAGACCUGCUGGACGAGACUCUGCGGCAGUGCAGCAUCUGCCAGUCGCUGGCCCACUGGGAGUGUCUGCAGUGUUACGAGGACCAGGACAUCACGCCCGGCCGCCUCAAACAGUUCUGCCACACCUGUAACACACAGGUGCACACGCAUAAGAAGCGUGCGUCGCACCACCCCGAGCGCGUGCGGACCCCCGAGUGCCCCUGGGCGGAGCAGUGGGAGGGGCCUCUGAGCGGCAGCCGGCAGCGGCUGGAGCUCUUCGCCGUCACCUGCAUCGAGACGAGCCACUACGUCAGCUUCGUGCGCCACGGACCGCAGCCCACCGACUGGCUCUUCUUCGACAGCAUGGCCGACAGGGAGGGUGGGGAGAAUGGCUUCAAUGUGCCUCAAGUGAAGGCUUGUCCAGAGGUAGGCCGCUACCUCAGCCUAUCAGAAGAGGAGUUGAGCAGGCUUGACCCCGCCUCCCUGAGGGACACUGUCCGCCGGCUGCUGUGCGACUCUUACAUGUGUCUGUACCACUGCCCCCAGAUCAGCCUCUACAAGUGAUGCUGACACACAAACACACACUUAUGUGUCUGUACCACUGCCCCCAGAUCAGCCUCUACAAGUGAUGCUGACGCACAAACACACACUUACUUGUUUUUGCCACUGUGGACAGAUCUCCCGUAACCUGUGAAAUGGAUACACAGACAAAGAUGCAGACACGCAUACACAAACAAACUAACAAGCAAACACACAAACACCAUUCCACCUAUGCCUUAAAAUGUGCCUCACCUAUCUGCAGUGGCGUGAGUUUCAGUUAUAAACGCAAGGCCAGUUCCAGGGUUGCAGUACUUACUUCCUUUUUGCACAUUUCCUUCAGACCAGCUUGUAUGUAGUAGCCUAAAGCAGUAAUAGCAUUUAAGCUUGCAGCCUUGUUAUAUUUUUGUAUUUAUUUUGAGAUGAAAUUCGAGCAUUUGUAAUUUGUAAAUCAUGAAAUUAUUAUGAACAUGAUAUUUGUGCACUGUUGUUGCUGGUUUAAAGGCAAGGGAAUAUAAAAACGACACUUUUUUUAUUUUGUAAAAAUGUUUCUGUUCUAAUCCUACUUGACAUUUAUAAAGUCCUCUGUUUAUUUUCAAUACUUUAGUGUCUCGU